AUGGCAUCUAAUGCUAAGGUUGUAUCGACCAAGGUUACUGCUGUUUUGUCCUCAGGCGCACGAACGGUGAAAGUUGGAUAUGUGGAUCAAACGGAUGUCUGGAAAAGGGUAUAUCUGAGUCCAGAAAUCCAACAGAAAUUCAAAGCAACCUCGGAGAAGCAUCUGUCUUCCCUCAAACCAGAAACCGACAUGGUUGCUCUUCAGGAAACCCCUCAUGCGAGCGAGUCUGAAAAUCGCACGCAUUUUACAGCAGUUGAAAUAGAUGAAAAGGGUUCUGUCAUAGCGAAGCGGCACUUUGCUAUAGAAUGA